AUGGAUAUCCUGACAUGGGCUCUGGAUUACUUUAGUAAACCUUUGUCAGACAACACCAUUCGCCGCUGCAUCCACAGAUGCAGGUUAUUUUUACCUCCAGCUGCACAGGUUACUGUACUAUUUAGUACGCUAGAAAGCGGCUGGUUGCUUGGCGAAAAGUUUCGGCAAGGUUUCCCGGAAGUACGCAGAUUAAAUUAUGCUAAAGAUAAAUUAAAGGCAAUAAACAUGUCGGACAGCGUUCGAUACUGUGCGAAGUGCUCGUACGUCUUUCUGAAGUUUACUUUAGUGGCUUAUGCUACGGUUUUCUGGCUGAUCGGCAGCUUCAUCUUGGCCAUUGGCAUUUAUGCUGAGGUGGAGAGGCAGCGAUAUAAAACUCUGGAGGGGAUCUUCCUUGCUCCAGCCAUCAUCCUCAUCAUACUAGGGGUUGUCAUGUUUAUCGUCUCCUUCAUUGGUGUGUUGGCGGCGCUGCGAGACAACUUGACUCUCCUCAAAGUGUUCCUCUACACAUUGGCAAUCUGUCUGAUUUUGGAGCUCACAGGUGGAAUUGUGGCUCUGCUGUUCAGGAACCGAACAAUGAAUCUUCUUAACAAAAAUGUUCGUAAAGGCAUGGUGAAUUACUAUGACGAUCUAGACUUCAAAAACUUGAUGGAUUUUGUUCAAAAACAGUUCAAAUGCUGUGGUGGGAUGGAGUACAGCGACUGGGCAGUGAACAUGUACCACAACUGUUCAUCCCCAGGACCUCUGGCCUGCGGAGUGCCUUAUACAUGCUGUGAUAGCAAGCUAAAUGAAGUUACAAAUACGUUGUGUGGGUACAAAGCCCUAGAAAAACAGAGAUUAGACCUCAUAGGCACCAUAUAUGUGCGAGGAUGCACUGAUGCUGUCUUUCUCUGGCUAAUGGAUAACUACAAGGUUAUGGCUGGACUCCUACUUGGUAUUUUACUUCCUCAGUUCUUUGGUGUGAUUGUGACCUGGCUGUACAUCACUCGUGUGGAGGACGCCAUCGAGGAGUACGGAAACUAUCAGGACAGCCUGAUAAACACCGAAGCCAAGAAUCAGGGCAAGCUGGUCAAGUGCUGUAAAUGCAUGCCUCUGUUUGACUAAGUGAACUUUGACCUUUGACACCCUAACCAAAGAGCAUCAGCCUAAAGUACAUGGUCCACACACGAGUGUUACUUUCACAUUAAAGUGUGCUUUUACUGGGUUGAAUUGCUGCUGAUUUUAGACAAUCCUCAGGGUUCCGCAGGCUUAAGUUACUGUUAUUAUUUUACUGUAGGUGAAGACAGCAAUUAAACAUACUUUUGGAGCCUCUGCCUUAAAGGUAAAGCUGAAAAAUCGAUUUUAAAUAUCACGGUGCACAGCUAUGUUAUAAUUCAUUCAUUUUGGAUAAAUUGUACCUUUUGUCAUAAUUGCACUGGAUAACUAAACCUAUAUCUGUUUUUAGAAAUAGAUAAUUACAUAGUGUUUAACAUUUCAGAAUUAUUUUAUUAUUGAUAUGGGUUUUUUUUUUAAUUGAACCAAUAUACAUUGUGCAACACUUUUUUAUGUAUUCAACACAUCAAAUUUUGCCUUUUAUAAUAACGGAUGUGAGGGUUUAAAGGUUUGCUUCUCAGAAGAUUGUUUUUCAUAUAAUCGUUUGUACUGUAAGUGGUAUGUCUUGCUUUAACCACUUUCUAAAGCAUUAAGGGGGAAAAAAUCCUACCCCUUAAUUACCUGCAUUAUAUUCAGGGUUGUUUGGGAAAACCCAGUGGAGGUUUCUGUGGCUGAAUUCUAUAAAACCAUGCCCAGCUUAUCAGGAGCGAUUUUAACAAAACAGUCAGUCUGUCUAAAGAUGGCUAGGUUCACAUCACCAAGUUGACACAAAUCUGAUUUUCUGGAAUUUGUGAACACAAAAAUCAGAUUUUUUCAAUUCAGACCUGAGCCACUUUUGUACGUGGACCCAAUAUUUGUCUACGCCACGUAUAUGAGAAUGGUCAGAUUGGACGUGUAUGCGCACAUCACUAUCAUCAUCAUCAUCAUAGUGUCAGCAGAAAAACAAUAGAGAACAGCAACACCCAUGCCUAUAUUGAGUGGAAAGAUGGGGAAACUAGUGACUUACUUGAUAUUUAGGGAAUCGAAUUGAUUGCUACCGACACUGAGUAGUGUUCGAAACAAUUGCCCAGAAUGUGGACCUGCGUAGCCGAAAACGUGGCUCAUUUUGGGAGAAAUCCUCUCCCAUAUAAAUAUUCUUCACACCGCAGUUCCAACACUACCUCUCCCAUACACACAUACACAUGUGCCUCUUCGAUUCACGUGCGUCGAACACAAUUCUUACUUACCAACAAACAUCACUGUGAAAGCCCAUGCAAAACAAUUUCAAUCAAUUGCAAUUUUGCCAACUCAAGUAGUUUUCUGCCAAAAAAAAAUGCACAAAAAACUCUGCAAAUUGCAUCAGGAAUAUUGAAAAAAGCCACCACAAAAUCAAACCUUUCUGGUCGCAACAAUCACAAAACAACUCGGCGAAAUCCUAUACAGACUGGUUGCUGAUAUUGAUGUGCAUGCGCGGGGCUUUCAGGAGAUGCAUUCACAUUAAAGACAGACAGAAGUCACUUAUUAUUAUGAAUGUGAACAGUCAAGAUGGACAAACCUGAGCAAAAAAAAAUGAUUUGUGUAAUGAAGCUGGUCAUGUGAAUGUAACCUUAGUGUGUGUUUCCUCAUACAGUGAACAUCAGGCUUUAAUCAAGUUGUUGGAAAGUUAUGUGCCAUAGAAAAUGUGCCAGAUACUGAUUAUCAACCUGUCCACCAUGCUUCAGUGAUUUUCUCCCUUUUCACUUUUGUAGGUAACCAGGCUUUAAAAUGUUAAAACUAUACUUGUGAAUGAGAUAAAAGAGAAACGUUUGUAUUUCAUGUAGAGUUCAGACUUCUAAUUUCACAAUGGGAAAGGUUUUCCAAGGCCAUCAUACUGUAUGUACAUAUUAAGCUCCAAAUUUAAGCAACCCUGAUUAUUCUCAUUUAACAUAUCUAAAUGUAAUUGGCCUUGACUGUUUUACUCCCUGAAUAUGAUGUAUUUGGCAUGGUUAACAUCAUAAUCUAAUACUCAUUAUGUUCUCACAUCAUUCCCAAUAUCUGCCCAGUUCUCUUUCAGAGCUGUGAGAUUAAUACAGAUCUGAGCAAAUGUUUAAACCUGUAAGAUCACUCGCUCUCAUUCAUCUGAGCACCUGCUGUGACUUUUGUAAUACAAACACCAACUUAUUCUUUUUUUGAUGAAUUUGACAGAACAGGCUUUAGCAAAAAGAGUUGGAAGGUGCUGAAUAAUACGCAGUUUUAGAAACUGUGCUAUAGUGACAUGCAGCUUAAUGACUGUCGGUACGCCACUGAUCACUUCAUACUAUAAUGAUCAUUUAAUGAAAUUUGUCACUCUUGUAAAAUUGGGUGGUGGUUAUUUUGAUCAUUUUCAAUCAUUUGCCUCUUUUAAAAAGUUUACAUAAUUCUACUCUUAUAUAAUAUUAAGUGUAAGUGCCUCUACUGAGCAUAAAGGUGUUCUUUAACACAACAUAGGAAAAUCUAAAUUCUAUGCAGAGUAUUUGUUACCAUAAAAACAGUUCUUUGUUUAAUUUAAUUACAGAUUUCAGUUGUUUAUUUAUUCUUUAAAGGGUAUCUGUAUUUGUGGGCAUACGGGUUAUGGGUCAACACUUUUAAUCUAGCUGAAAUUGAAUGAACAAUAAACAAAGCUUUCUGUUUUUCUCUGUAUUUCAUUUGAUGAAUAAAUGCACAAAAAAAUAACAGUAACAUAAUUGUCCUAUUGAACAGUAAAAGUGAUAGAAAGCACUAUGUUGGAUUUUAAUUUCUUCUUGUACCACAGCACUGUUGAUUUGUCGAUUCUGGUGAUCAAGGUGUUGAUUCAUUUUCUAUAACGGCAGCUUUGACAACGGUGCCAGCGAUAAUUUCACUCACAGGUUUAUAUUAAUGCGCUUGUGCUUUAUCAGCUCUGUAGUAACAGCUCAUUCAGAGGGACGGACCCUAAACACGAUAUAAGCUUAAUAAUAAACACAUUAAAAUGUUCUGUAAUUACAAGAGUCUUGAAUGAUCCACGACUGUUUUUGUGUUGUGUGAUAGUUGUUCAUGAGUCCCUUGUUUGUCCUGAGCAGUUAAACUGCCCACUGUUCUUCAGAAAAACCCUCCAGGUCCUGCACAUUGUUUGCUUUUCCAGUAUCUUCUGUAUAGUGCAUUUGUGUAAAUUCACUUAUUAUUGUGUCUUGUGGACUGUAU